AUGAAAACUUUCCUGUUCUUCAUUGGUUUGCUGGCUCUAGCCAGUGCCGAGUGGAUCGAAAUCGAUUGGUCCCAGGUGCGUCCAAUUGAGGAAUUCGAUCACUAUUGGGCCCGUCUGCCAGCCGAACUGCAAUACUUGCGGCAACCAGUUCCGGGACGCCGCAUCACCAACGGACAACAAGCUACCCCUGGACAGUUCCCGUAUCAGAUUGCUCUGCUCAGCACCUUUGCCGCUGGAACUGGUUUGUGUGGUGGAUCCGUUUUGACCAACAAUUUCAUCCUGACUGCUGCCCAUUGCGUCCAAAAUGCUUCAGGAGGUACCGCCAUCAUGGGCGCGCAUAACCGCGUUCUGACCGAAGCUACUCAACAACGCAUUGCGUUCUCUGCGGCUGGAAUCAACAUUCAUCCGGGAUAUACAUUGACCAACAUUCGUAAUGAUAUUGCCACUGUUCGCCUAAACAGUGCCAUCACCUUUAACGACCGUGUAGUCCCGGCUCGCUUACCUGUUGCGAGUGACAGUCGCACCUUUGGCGGUUGGACCGGCACCGUAUCUGGAUUUGGACGCACUUCCGAUGCCAGCACUGCAACGUCCGCUGUAGUUAUGUUUACCAGCAAUCCAAUUCUGACCCAGGCCGACUGUCUUGCACGCUGGGGUGGUAACACGAACCUGAUCCAGGCUCAGAACAUUUGUCUGUCCGGUGAUGGCGGUCGUUCCUCCUGCAACGGUGACUCUGGUGGCCCAUUAACGGUUCAGGAUAGCGGCAGCCUGCAGGUCGGUAUUGUGUCGUUCGGAUCCGACGCUGGAUGCUCGGUCGGCAUGCCCUCGGUAUAUGUCCGCGUUUCGCACUUCAGAGACUGGAUUAUCUCGAAUUCCGAUCUGUGA